GACGCCCCGCUAAGCUUAAAAGGAGUCGGUUUGCGGUCUUUGAGUGAAUUUAAAGGCCAUCCUAAAACUUCCAGAAUGACCUAUUAGGCUUCUGUAUUUUGAGAAAAGUUAUCUUUCUGGUUAGAAUUUCAAAACCUGAUUACUUGUCUCAGCUGUUGCCAGGAAGAGUUUGGAUAUUUCUUCGUAUAAUGAUUACAAGCUUAGAUGAUAAAGAGGAAGAAGAAGUCACCAUCCAUACUGCUGUAAAGCGAGGUGAUUUAAUUUUGCUUAAAGAGAUGAUUUCAAAUGGGGCAAGUGUCAAUGAAGUGGAUAAACAGUCAUUUACACCACUACAUUGGGCGGCUAACGUAGGUGCUAUUGAGAUUCUGCAAUAUUUAUUAUGGAAAAAUGCUGACCCAUUAUUUGUUACUAAGAAUGGAUGGACUGCUGUUCAUAUUGCUGCUAUUCGAGGCUAUGAGAACUGUAUUCAAUCACUGGCUGACAGAGGUGUAAGUCUUUCUGCUAAGGACAAGUAUGGUCAAACUCCUGGUCAUAUGGCUUCAAUUCAUGGAAAUUCUGGAAGUCUUUUAACUCUAUUACGUGCUGGUGCUGAUGUAGAAACAGUGGAUUCAAAUGGAUGGACAAUGUUACACGCAGCAUCAUUCCAUGGACGACUUGGAUGUGUACAAGUACUACUUAGAUGGGGUUUACGAAUAGAGGAUUCUGAUAAGGCUGGAAAUAAUGCUGCCCAUCUCGCAGCAAUGGAAGGUCAUCUACCAGUGUUACAGUGUUUAGUCAGUCAAAUCAAAACACCUAUAGACAUGCUUGAUACUCCUAAUGAUGAUGGAGAAACUGCUGAAGUUUUAGCUAAACGAUUUUUAAAACAUGAUGUUCAAACGUAUAUUAACAAACUUAGAACAGAACAAACAUUUCACAGACUAUCGGGAAAUUAUGAGCAGUUGGCGUUCCCAGCCCAUUCAGCAGCUUAUUCUGGUGAUUUAGUUCAACUACGUGCAUUGAUAGAAUCGGGAACGGUGAAAAUUGAUGAAAGAGACGAACAAGGUGCCACUCCAUUACACAAAGCUGCAGGUCAAGGACACAUUAAAAUAGUUCAAUGGCUUAGAGAAAAUGGUGCUGAUCCAAGACUGAGAAAUUCAUUGGGUGAGUCACCUGCUGAUGUAGCCAGAAGAUAUGGUCAACUGGGAACAUUAAAACUGUUAUUGCCUAAAUCUUCUGGAGAAGAUGAAAAUAAUGAUAUAUCUGAUAUGGAUUUGCCAUCUGAUAUUCCAUAUGGUUAUACUGAAGGGGAAAAAAUGCCUCAACUUAUAAUGGAUAAAAAUGUUGCACUCGGUCGAGCUAAAAAAAGGAUUGAAAAAAUUGAACGUAUGUUAGAUUUAGCAAAAUCAGAUUACAAACAAUUGGGUGGUCCAUUAGAUGAAGAGGAAAAACAAAGAAAUAAAAUUCUUCAAGAAAUUGAUCGGAAUUACGAAAAGCAAAUUGAAGAGCUGAAAGCAACUUUGGAAUGUGAACGUAUUCGUCGUGAGAAAUUAGAAGCACGUUUAGAUGAGUCAAGACGUGAAGUUGCAAAGUUAAGCAUGCAGUUGAAUGAAGGUGGUCAGGAUCAAUAUGACAGUAAUAUCACAGUUAAACCAAGAGGUCAAGUUACUCAAGAUUUACAAAGCAUCAAAAGAAUGAACAAAUUUGAAGACAGUACAAGUAGUGUUAGCGCCAGUACAUACAGCAGUAGAUCGAAAACAAAUGAUAGUUUAAAGGCUAAAAGAUUAAAUUAAUUACUUCUCCAACUAAUCAGGAUAAAACAUUAUCAGAUAAUAAGUUAUUCGAUUGUGUACAUGAACAAUUCUUAGAAAACAAUUGACGUUGAAGAGACGUAGUGAAUUUUUGUAUUUCCAUUACAUUAUGAACUAUGCAUCUAAUUCAAAAGGAUAGAGUUAAACACACUAAAGAUAAUUGUAUCAUUUGCUAGCCGUUUAAAGCUUUUUCUAAGUAAACUAAUCUAUUUGUUCACUGAUAUUUGUUGUGUAUGAUGCUGAAAUCGGCUGUCUUUUACCAUUAACAAUAAAAACACUUCAUUGACA